UUUAGGCCACGCUAAUUUCUUCGACGGAGAAAAAACCGUAGCUGAAUUAGAGUAUAGGCCACGGUUCAAAAGUUGUGAACACAUGAAGACCACGACUGAAGAAAACCGUGGCAUCUACGUUUUCUACCACGCUUCAAUAAUUGUGGACGGUUCAUGGCUACAACUUUCCAACCGCGGCAACCUAAUCCCACAAAUAUAACCGCGGCAUAAAAAAGUCCUAAUACUAAAAAAUUCCCUUCCGCCAAAAUUUUGUGAACCCCGCGCGUGUUUAGAGUUUUGGCACAACUAAAGGAUUAAUUUUCAUUAAAAAAACCUUAAAACUAAUUAAAAAAUAGAAACCCUCAAACCCCUAACACUACUACACAGUACGUACUAUCAGAGAAAGGAUUUUGAACCCUAACUUUCUCCUUGGCUGAACAUCGUAACCCUCCUCAUCUCGGCGACCUCCUCUCUCCGCCGGCGACGGCUUGUACGACCCUCCUCUCUACGCUGCUUAGAACUUUGAGCAGAGGUAUCCACAUCUUUUUCAACCACUGACCGAGAGCAAGGAGCAAGAAGAUUAAGAGAAGGGAACCAGUAGCAUCAAGCAAAAAUCAGUUUUCUUCAACUGGAAGGUUUAGUUUGGGAGUACAAGGGAGAUCAAACAAAAUUAAGUUUAAUUACUCCAACAAAUCUUGAGGGGUUUGAUGAUAUUUGAUUGAGGGAGCGGGUAAGGCUUCUCCAGGUCUUUAACGAUCAUUUUUGUUGGAGAAGAUCUUAAUAAUGUCUUCAAAUUCUUCGGAUUCUCCUCCACCUGAUUCAUCUUCACAAUCACCCCCUCCACCAUCUGAAGAAGAAUCAUCGCCUCCUCCACCGUCGUCAUCUCCGCCACCAUCAUCUCCUCCUCCGUCAUCACCACCUCCAUCAUCGCCCCCGCCCUCAUCACCCCCGCCAUCCUCGCCUCCCCCGGAUGAUAAAAAAUCUCCGCCCCCUCCAUCAGGCUCUUCCCCAUCUCCACCAUCACCACCACCACCACCUUCUGACCAAAACUCACCCAACAACCCACCUUCUCCUCCGCCGCCAUCACAUUCCAGCGAACAGUUUUCUCCUCCUCCACCGUCACAUCACCGGUUGUCUCCGGGUCACACUAAAUCAUCAGACUCCGGCACACCAUCAGGGGACAACGGAAGCCAACUGAGCGUGCCGGCUAUAAUAGGAAUUGCAACAGGGUUUGGAUUGUUGCUCCUUGUCAUUAUCAUAGCAGUCAUUGUAUGUUCAAGAAGAAAGAAGAGAUCAGAAACUACAAUACAUUACUACUCUAACCAUUCUGGUGACAAAGACUACUACAAAUCAGGUCCAAAUCAGUACGGUUACAAUAACGGUGAGCAUGUUCUUAACAUUCCUCCACCACCAGGUGUAGGAUGGGGAGCACACGCGCCUCCGCAUCCCCCGCCACAGCGUGUUAGUAGUGACAUGAGCAACUCCAGUAACUCAGGUCCCCAUGGUCCUGUACUGCCACCGCCACACCCUACGGUGGCCUUGGGGUUCAACCAGAGCACUUUCACGUAUGAAGAGUUAUCCACAGCCACCGGUGGUUUCUCCCAACGCAACUUGCUAGGUCAAGGUGGUUUUGGAUAUGUGCACAAAGGUGUUCUUCCAAAUGGUAAGGAAAUAGCUGUGAAGAGCCUCAAAUCCACUGGGGGACAAGGAGACAGAGAGUUCCAAGCUGAGAUUGAUAUAAUUAGUCGUGUUCAUCAUCGCCAUCUUGUGUCACUUGUUGGGUAUUGCUUUACUGAGAGCAAAAAGUUGUUGGUGUAUGAAUUUGUGCCUAAUAAGACUCUUGAUUACCACCUUCAUGGAAAGGGUCGACCUGUGAUGGACUGGGACACCAGACUUAGAAUUGCCAUUGGAUCAGCCAAAGGGCUUGCUUACUUACAUGAGGAUUGUCACCCUCGUAUCAUUCACCGAGACAUAAAGGGUGCAAACAUUCUAAUUGAAAACAACUUUGAUGCCAAAGUUGCAGAUUUUGGAUUGGCAAAGUUUAAUCAAGACACUAACACACAUGUUUCUACUCGUGUGAUGGGAACAUUUGGGUAUUUGGCUCCUGAGUAUGCAUCAAGUGGCAAGCUAACUGAGAAAUCUGAUGUUUUCUCAUUUGGUAUUAUGCUAUUAGAGCUCAUUACAGGACGACGACCGGUAGACAACACUGGUGAUUAUGAAGAGGAUAGUUUGGUUGAUUGGGCUAAACCACUAUGUGCAAAAGCAAUGGAAGAGGGGAUUUUUGUUGGACUGGUGGAUCCACGUUUAGAAGACAAUUAUAACAAACAAGAGAUGGCACAUAUGAUUGCUUGUGCUGCUGCUAGCGUUAGACACUCAGCAAGAAGACGCCCGAGAAUGAGCCAGAUUGUACGAGUGCUGGAGGGAGAUGCCUUAGUGGAUGUCCUUAAUCAUGACGGAGUGAAACCUGGCCAGAGUGCAAUGUUUAGCAACGCAAGCGGCGAGUAUGAUGCUGGUGCGUAUAGUGCUGACAUGAAGAAGUUCAGGAAACUAGCAUUUGAUAGCGGCACCCCCGCGAGCAGCGAGUUUGGCGCAACGAGUGAGUAUGGCCUCAACCUCUCCGCCUCGAGCAGCGAUCAAUCAACUACUGAGAUUGGCAGGAGGACAGGAAGUCGGCUGCAAACUCCUUGAGAAACACUGUGAUAUCUAGCCAGACAUUUUUAAUUGAGACCAUGGUUGCUGCUACUAGUUGUUAACUAGCAAGCUAUUUGACAAAAUAAUUCAUGAAGGAAAGAAAGAGACAUACUUUUUAUGACUCUUUUUGUAUGAACGAUUAGGAUAUUUAUAACUUGCAUGAUACAUAGGUGGUGAACUUUGAACAGAGGUUAAGCUUGCCAACAUAAAAACACAUAUUGUUACAUUAAUUUUAAAUGUUGAGGAAGUAAUUUUAAAGCACAAGAUAAAGUAAUUUGGCGAUA